AUGAAGAUCGAGUACACCCCCAUCCCGGAGAAGCAGCCGAUGGACAACUCGGCCUGCUGCACCUGCGCCAAGCUCCUCACCUCCGUGCCCCGCUACCACCCCGCGACCGAGAAGCCGUUCCCGGAUGACCGCAGCCUGGAAUGCUGCUCGCGAAUCAUAUGCGGAAACUGCAUCCACAACAACCCCCGCUUCGCAUCCUACUGCCCGUACUGCCAGACUUCUUCCGCCCCCUCGGUGCUGCCCGAUAACCUCAGGGACCCGCCGUCCUACAACUCCAUCGCGAGCCGUCGACUCUCCGGCCCCUCGGCCCCGCCCCCGCCGUAUACGGCCAACGGCGCAGCAGUAGAGGAUGAGAAGGCCGGCUCGUCCGAGUCCGCGACGCCGCCGGAGGACACGCUGCACUUCCUGAACCACGAGCACGACACCAUCGCGUCUCUGUCCCUCCGCUACGGCGUGCCCGCGUCCGUGCUUCGUCGCGCGAACAACAUCACGAGCGACCACCUGCUCCUGGGCCGCAAGACGGUGCUGAUACCGGGGGAGUACUACGCCGCCGGCAUCAGCCUGUCGCCUCAGCCCAUCGAGGGCGAGGAGGAGGAGCUGCGUAAGAGCAAGAUCCGACGCUUCAUGACGGGUUGCAAAGUUUCGGACUACGACAUCGCCGUGUUGUAUCUCGAGCAAACUGGCUAUGAUCUCGUGACGGCGAUGGAGGCGUAUGCUGCCGAUGAAGCGUGGGAGAGGGACCACCCCGUUCAAGAGGGUGGUAAGAAAGGGAAGGCGCCCAAGAAUCGGGGCCCCUUUUGGCGAGGGUCUGCGUGA